AUGUGGCGCGUGUGGCGAAGGAGCUGCGUGCUUUCCGCGCGGCUGCGGAACCAGGACAGGACCCACGAGGCGAGGCUCUCAUCCCGGUCCUCCAGCACUAAAGCAGCUCCUUACACCUCGAGGAUGGAAUAUCAGGACGCUGUGUGCACGCUGAAUACCUUGCAGACCAAUGCCAGUGCUCUUGAACAUGUGCGACAGGAGCGCAGCCACCCUGAGCUCCAGCUCCAGGCCAUGGUUGGUUUCCUUGAACGGUCUGGUCUCACGGUAGAUAAGCUUGAUCAUCUCAAUAUCAUUCAUGUGACUGGUACAAAGGGCAAGGGAUCUACCUGCGCCUUCACCGAACGCAUUCUGAGAAGUUAUGGUUUCCGUACUGGAUUCUACAGCUCUCCUCAUUUGGUCCAGGUCAGGGAGAGGAUUCGUAUAAAUGGACAACCAAUUGGAAAAGAGCUUUUUGCUAAAUACUUUUGGCAGGUGUAUGGACGGCUAUAUGAAACCAAGGAAGUGAAUGGAGGAACGAUGCCGGCAUACUUUCGUUUUCUUACAAUUUUGGCUUUUCAUGCAUUUCUCCAGGAAAAGGUGGAUUUGGCCAUUAUUGAAGUUGGAAUAGGUGGUGCGUAUGAUUGCACAAACAUUAUUAGGCGACCAUGGGUCUGUGGCAUCUCCUCUCUUGGCAUAGACCACACUCAGAUUUUGGGAGACACUAUUGAAAAGAUUGCCUGGCAAAAAGGAGGGAUCUUUAAGACAGGAGUUCCAGCUUUCACAGUUAAACAACCUGACGACGCUAUGGUGGUGCUAAAAGACCGAGCGAAGGAGAUUGGUUGCUCCCUGCAAAUGUGUCCAAAUCUGGGUGAUUACGACACAGACUGUGGUCCUCUAAUGCUUGGCCUUGCUGGACAACACCAGCAACCAAAUGCCUCUCUUGCUCUUCAGCUCAGUCAUACCUGGAUGCAGCAAAGGUUUCAUCAGAGUAAAGAGUCAUUUCAACAACAAGAAGGGAACUCUGCAUGUCAAGCCUCUAGCUUCAAACUUAGCCCAGUCAUGGUGAAAGGGUUGACGGAGACAGAGUGGCCAGGAAGAAAUCAGACUCUUAAACACGGCCCGGUCACAUACUUUUUAGACGGCGCUCACACCAUGCGCAGUAUGCUCGCGUGUGUCCAGUGGUUCAAAGAAGCUGCAGCACAACACGAACGGACUGCCAGUGGUCCUGUAGCAAGAGUGCUACUAUUCAACUCUACUGGAGAGCGAGACUCAGCGGCCAUGUUAAAACUGCUGGUGCCCUGUCAAUUUGACUUUGCUGUGUUUUGCCCUAACAUCACAGAGGCUAUUGCAUCGUGCAAUGCUGAUCAGCAGAAUUUCAAUGUGUCUGUCGAGAACAUGUUGACUCGUUGCCUGGACAACCAGAGCAGUUGGCACAUGCACAAGAGCAGCUCCCAGGACCUCACAAGCUCUCAGAUGCUGAUCGGGGAUUCUUUUGGCAUGGUCCCUGAUAGAAAGACUGCAACGCUGGUUUUCCCCUGUAUCCUGAGCAGUCUCCAGUGGAUCGCUCAAGGAAAAGAUUCAGUUCUUCUGGAAUCAGACAAAGCUCAGUUACCAGUGAAACCCAGUGUUAUGGCUAAAGCUGCGCUGCUUCGUGAAACAAGUGGAAUUCAUGUGCUCAUCACAGGAAGCCUUCAUUUAGUCGGUGGCGCUCUCAAACACCUCGACCCCGUCAUGUCUAAAUAA